CGCAACGGAGUCGAUUCGACUUCGCCCUCGGUUUGAUCGAAUAAUUAACGCUAGCGUAUAGUUAGUUAAUUAACAUUUAACGUUUUUAUUGAUAAUCCCGUUGGCGCAACACACUCGUCAAUAACAAUGCCUUAAACCAGUGGAUCUUCUUAGCCUGGAGUGCACGCACCCCCUGAGUGUGCGAGAUGCCCUUUCCGGGGGUGCGAGGCAUGGCCAGAUUUGUUUAGAAGUUAAAUCAUCUAAAUACUAAUUAAGCGCGGACACGCAGCCAUGGAGACGUCGGCCGGCUCACUGGUGACACUGGUCAUCAAGGCACCCAACCAAAAAUAUGAUGACCAGACCCUGGAGUGUAACCUGGACUGGACUGUACACAGGCUCAAGUCCCACAUCAGCGACGUGUACCCUGGCCAUCCGGGCAUCAAGGAUCAGCGACUCAUCUACUCUGGGAAGCUGCUGUUGGAUAACCUGAUGCUUAAGGAUGUUCUGAGGAAGUAUGACGAGUUCCACACGGUACAUCUGGUGUGCCCUUCAUCGAGCCCCCCAGCCUCACCACGGCCCUCCAACCAGCCCGGCUUUGCACAGCUGUCGGAGACGAUACGCAGUGGAGCGGCAUCGGCCUCUGUCCCCACCCGGCCGAACGUCACCACCAUGCCCUCCUCCCAGAGUGUGGGUGCCGACGGGUUAAGGCAGCGACACGUGGUCAUGCCAUCGGCCUACCCACCUCCCGUCUACGGUGUACGGGACAUGGGUCAGCCUGCCGUACCAGUGUUGCCUGCCUAUCCCACAUACAGCCCCCACUACAUCAUGUGGUUGCAGCAAAUAUAUGCUCAGCACUACUACACGCACUACCAAGCUGCAGUGAGCGCCGCUGCCGGAACGGCGCUCAAUCCUGGCGUCAUGCCGGCAGUUGGCGGUGCAACCCCCGGCCUUCCAAACCCGCUGGGCGCGGGCAGCCUCCCCAACCCGCUGGGGGCCGCGGCAGCUGCUGGCGGCGGCGGCGCAGGUGGCGUUGGUCGAGGCGGAGGGGGCGGAGGUGUGGACGGGGCGCCCGUCCCGGCCAACAGGGACAUCGGCGUGGCGGCGGUGGCGGCCCGCAACGAGGGCGCCAGGCCAGCCAAUCAGAAUGCAGUGCUGAUGAACGCGCAGGGGGGUGCCGGGCCGGAGGAGGAAGAGGAGAUGAACCGCGACUGGCUCGACUGGCUGUUCACAGCGACACGCACCGCCGUGCUGCUUGGAAUCUUCUACUUCUACUCGUCGCUCGGCCGGUUCCUCAUGGUGUCCGGGGCGCUGCUGCUGCUCUACUUGUACCAGACGGGCGUCUUCCCAUUCCAGCGCGGUCCGGGUCAGGCACCUGAUCAACUCGGUGGGGAUGGUGAGGAAGACCUGGCCCAAGAGCUACAGGAAAUGGAGCGCCGCAUGGACGAGGGGAUGGACCUGGGGGACACGGAGAGCUCAGAUGACGACAGUGCCUUGGAGGCAGACGAGCCCAGCUUCACCACUUCUGCCUGGACCUUUGUCACGACCUUCUUCACGUCCCUCGUGCCGGAAGGCGCAGCCGCCGUGCCCAACUGAGACUGAAUGGCUGCCAUUCAUCCCUCCUGCUUCGUCAUGAACGUUUUUUCUCAAGUGGUGGUUUUUUGGUUGUGGAAACUUCAACGCCCGCUGCAUUGUUAAGCUGGCACCAUCCCCUCCUGCCAUUGCAUCUUACUGAAUCGAGCUGAUUUUUUUCUUUUCUUCAAGUUGUUUGUGUUUUUUUUUAUUAGCAGUGCAAUUUAUUCAACAAAUCAUCUCCUGCUGUGAUGGACUGACAGCCGUUUCUGCUGCUAAUGCUUGUUUUAAAAGAAACUCUGAUGUUCCCAACUCGUCUGCCGAAGGGAGCUUUCAGUCUGUGAUGGAGACGGGCGUGCAUUCACUGGUCUUGCACCACAGUGGGAGAAUGAAUUUACCGGAUGCCACUUCUUAAGAGUUCUGUUCACACAGAUAUAGCGCACUUUGGACUUUACUGGAGCACCGCUGGGUUUUUGUUGCUUUCGUGAUGUUUAGAUGAGGUCAUUUUUUUUCUCCUCCGCCCCCCCCCCCCCCCCUGUGAUCCACGAAGAAAGCGUGGGAAAAUGACUCCCUCGCUGAAAGUGGUGCUAUCAAUAGAGGGCUGAAGAACCGUUAUUUCAACAGGAACACCACAGCCCCUGUUAAUGUAGUUAUGUAGUUAUACAGAUACUUUCAUAUGCCAGACACCAGCAAGUGUGGUUAAAGGUUAAGGGUGACCGUUUUAUUUGUAACGACAUUUGUGCUGCUGCAGCAUUCUGUCUUGUUCCAUACAUAAGAAGAUCCAGCCUCUGCCAAGUUUCAUCUCACGAACCCAGUUUUGCUAUUGAAAGCGAGACCGGUGAAUGUAAGAUCGAUAACGUUACAUUCCCCAGAGCAACUGCACAUGAGCAUUAUUGAUUUGUGCCAACCAAAGUUGGUCUCAUACCAGAAUAGAACAGCCCAUAUAAUCUAACUACAAAACUUUAAACUCUUUCACCAACACUUAUUGUAGCAGUUUCUACUUGCCUUCCAACUUUGCUCUGGUGGAAUCCAAAUUUGUGAAAAUAGUUUCUUGUCUAUGGUUUAAGUAUAUUUGUGGGGCUUUGAUGCUGGGCAGAACACACGGAUUCCUGGCAAGCCUUGUUGCACAUCAUAUAAUGGUCUUUUUCCCCAUACUUAACCAACCUUUGCUCAAAAACCGGGAUCAAACCCAGCAGUUCUGGUCACGGGGCUCUCGUGAUCUCACUGACCAAUCGUACGAAUCGCGCACGAGUUGUGACAUCUCCUGACGUUAAAGCAAACACGGAACGAGGUCAGCCACGGCAUGGCUGCUGCACAAGGACAAAUGGGAGCGGUGGUUGCACACGAACGACCGAUUAAAGAAGGCACUUGUAAUUGUUUCCAUGUAUCUACAGGUUACCAGCAGCACUGUGUAUGGAGCAGAUGAGCAAAGGGACAGUACUGUAUCAGUGACGUUUCAAUGCACUCUACAAUGACGGAGGACCGUUGCGCUGCAAAGAGCGAAAGGUUGCUGGGGUGGUUGUUUGGUUUUUGCGUUCAGCGAGCCAUUACACAAAGGCACAAAAGAACUGAAAAAGGCAGCGACGAAAGACAAGCAAGUUCUCCGAUCUUCAACAAAGGACUUAUGAUAUUGAUUAUAUACUGUACGCAUCUUAUACAUGUACCCGAAUAUAUGUGUACCAUCACAAUUAUUUUCUUGUCUAAAUAGCUUUAUAAUGUAAAAAUGUCUUUAAUUAAAACAAAUACUUCCUU